UAUAAUGUCUAUAUAGUCAUAUAGACAUUCUAGAAUAUAAUGUAAAUUAUUCUAAAUCUAGAAUCUAGAGCUAUCGAUCUAGAUUUUGUAUAUCUAGAUCUACUCUUCGAAUACUCUAGACCUAGAUCUGAUAUGAACAAAUGCAUCCACACAUUAUUCUACAAGUUUCAACGUCAAAACUAGAUGAAUUGAUAGAGAAAAUAAAAUUUUUAAAAGGAGUAUAUACAUCAGAGGUUUUGGGAGCAACACAUUUGAUCUGUGAAGAGUUAAACUGUUCUGAACUAUUUCUAGAAGCCUGUGCAAAAGGUUUAUGGAUUCUGUCUAUCAAAUUUGUAGAAGAUAGUUUUGAUUUGGGCAUCUGGUUGAAAGAAGAUAAUUAUGAACAUAGUUCAGACAGCUGUGAGAACCUGGAGCUGAUGGUAGCUGCUAAAAGUUGGAGAUGGAAGAUAUCUUUAUUUCAAGAACCACCAUUCUCAGGUUGGGAUGUGGCUGUAGAUAAUAAUAUGCCCAAUGGUGCUUUUUUAAUAAGGUUAUUGAAACAGGGAGGUGCACAAGUUUUUGUCUUCAAAUUAUCUCCCCAACUUGACAAACUAGCAAAUAUUACAUAUAUUUUUUUGGACUCUACUAAUGCCCAAGUUGCUAAAGACCUAAUUGAUCGUGGCUUUUUAUGUCUGCAUCCUAACUUUAUAAUUGACACUGUUAUCAAGGAUGCUAUUUUGGAUCCCUUUGAUUAUUUAAUUUGCAACACCAUUAACCCUGAGGUGCAAGGCACAGAGGACUCAACAAGAAAUGUAUGGAAUAGUGAGAUGGCAAUGGUAAAUGGCAAAAUACAUUUACCUCAGAUUCAAAAUGCUAGAAAAAGUGUGCGGAUUGAGACAAUCCCUCGGUCUAAGCAGAUUAAUAUACAGGAAAUAGUUUGUGGAAAUUUCAUUCCUACAUUGAUCAACAUGAACCAAGACAAAAAAAUAACAAUGGAUAAAAAUGUUAAACAACUAACAAAGAGUAAGGUCUCUAAAGAUGGUAAUCAGGAUAUAUUAAAUGGGGCUCUUGCUGAGGUUAGCAACAUCAUAGCCCAACAGUCAAAACCUUUAGUAACUCAGAGUAAACAAGACAGAAAUGUAUUUGAAAGUCUAGGACCCAGCUUUUAUCUGUAUGGAGCAUCUCCUUCCAAAUCAGUGAUCUCAAAUACAUCUUCACCUAAAAGCCAAAAAAGCCUUUUAUAUUUUGGAUUUGACAAAAGUAAAAUCUCCCGAUUUGUCACUAACAAUAAACUCACUACUUUAAACAACACUUUCCUUCACAAACCAGCCACCAAGAUUUCUGUAUCGAAUGAUGAUGAAAAUGUCAUCAUUAUAUCAGAUGAUGAUGUUCCAGUAGAAACUGUUAAUCUAGAAAACAAAAAAAUCCAAUCAACUAAAAACAGUUCAUUACUCAAUUAUGUGGCUAAAACAGAGAUGGUCUCUGAUGAUGACACAUUCACUGCUCCAUCAGUAACAAGUGCACCUACCAUGAAUAAAUCUUUCUCAAAAAGGAAAAAAAGAAUAAGACAAAAAAAAAUCAAUAUGAAAGAUUCAGGGCCUUUAUCUUCUCCAGCAAAUCAGCAUAAAGUAAAGACAAGUCUCUCCUCUAAAAAUAGUAAAAGUUCUUUAGAAAAAUGUUUCCUUACUUGGCCAUUGUCAUUUUCUGUUGCAAGAAUUCCAAGCAGCACUGGCAUGUGCAAGACUAUUCACUCUUUGUACGGAGAGUUAAUGAAUUCUGCAAGAGAAUUAGACUUUCCUGAUGUGGCUCUAAUUUAUGCUGCACCGUCUUCUGACCAUGCACCACAGCCUUUACUUAUCAGAGAGCUCCUUUAUUUAUUACAAUCUUCAGAUUUGAAAGUGGCUUGUAAGGCAAACACUUACCUCCAAGCAUGGUUGCACAUGCAUCCACCAACUACUACUAAAAUGAUCAAGUGUUACAAAAAUGCUUUUCAUUUGUAUUCUGAUAAAUUGCAUUUCUUUGAAAUAAUACAAUCAGAAUGUGAAAGGAGAAAUUAUGUAGCUGCCUCAUGGAUAUUGCAAUAUAUUGUAACCUUGUUUGAAGUCAAUUGGAUUCAUUGUCUUGAACAAGGCACUAAAGAAGCUGUUCAGAAGAGCAUGCUGGUUAGCUGGUUAUGGCAGAGUCCAUAUGUUGUCCAACAUGGAGCUACAACCAACCAAUUGCUAAAACUAUUAGAGACUUGUGUACUCAUUUCAGACUUCAAAUUCAGUAUGUCUAGAGCAGUUUUAUCUCUCAUUGCUAUAGCAGCAGAAUGUAUUAGACUUGUAAAUGUAAAGUGGGCUUUGGACAAUCCAUAUUUUGUAAUGGAUCCUGUUAUUUCACUUGCAGGUGACCUUACAAAGAAACUGAGAAUUUGUUUUGUAAAAACGGAUUUUGAAACAAUGAUUGCCCUUGUUAUGUGCAUAGAACCAAGUUGGUUCAGAACUCUUGUUGUGUCCAUGCUUCUAUCAGAAUGCUACGCUCAUUUUCUCAUUGAAAAGUUUCAAGUGAAGUAUUUAUCAUGGUCUACUAUUAUACAUCACUUUUUGAAUCUAGACCCAACUGUCAGCAACAAACCUAAAGCUGUUGAACAACAGCUACAUGAUCAGUCACAUACACAUAAUUUAGCUAAGAAAGCAAAUACAACACAUAAUUUAGCUAAGAAAGCAAAUAAACCGAAUGCUAAAGGAGAAUCAGCUGUUCACAUUGCAUGCAAGAGAAAUAAUGCUAUUAAAUUGCAAGAGCUGUUGUUAAUACCAGGUGUAAAUGUUAACUUGAAAGAUAAUGCUGGUUGGACUCCUUUACAUGAAGCCUGCAAUCGUGGAAACUUAGACUGUGUAUGCUUGUUGCUCAGGCAUAGUCCACUCUCAGAGCUUGAUUCUAAAACUGAUAUCAAUGCCUCAGGGCCUGGUGGCAUCACUCCACUGAUGGAUGCCGUUAUUAAUAAACAUAAAGAAGUAAGCAGAGAAUUAUUAAAAUUUGGUGGCAAAGUAUUAUUGUUGACCAAAUCAGACCAAGGCCAUACAGCACUAGACUUUGCAGACAGUGAAGAAAUGAAAACUAUUUUGAAAUCCACUCCUGACUCAUUAGCAUCAGAUGACACACCAUCAAGUAAUAACAAAGCAGUUUUUCUUUCUUACCAAGACUGUACACGAUACUUAGCACUAUUAACUAUUCUAUUGACUUCCUAUCAAUCUUGCCAACUCUAUCUACAGCAGUGUUGUUUUAGUAGUUUGAAUGGUGCUUCUAAAGAUACUCUUGAACUACAAGCUAUUGGGACUCACAUACAAGUUUUCAGAGAAGGUUUGGCUAAGUUGACAACUUCUAAAGAUUAUAUGAGAUUGAAAGGUUCAUUGCUAUGUCUUGAACUACUUUGUGACAGUCUUAUAUAAUUAUAUAAUGAGCAUAGACUAGAGUGAAUUUUUUUUUUUUUAAAUGAGAUGUAGUGAAAUUAAAUGGAAUUUUCUUGUAUGAAAAUAAAAUAUUUCUGGAUUGUUUGCUUAAUUUGACCUAAGAGGGGUUUUUUUAUCGAAAGAAAGGAAACAAUUAUCUUGAAAAAAAAAGUAGGUUGAAUAUUGCAUGCAUUGUUGUAUACAUGCUUACAAGAAACAAUAUUUUAAUCCAUGUCUCACAAACAAAAUGUGAUAUAUGUAAGGCCCAUUAAUGAUUCAGGUUGGGUAUAUGUUUUUAAGCUUUUUAUGUAUUAAGUUUUGGACAAAUCAGUUUCGCAUUAUCUAUUUAGUAAUGGUCUUAAAAUCAUUGCUUUUUCCUUAGUAAUUAUUUCAUAAUGAUGGAUAAAUAAACCUUGUUGGUGCAUUGAAACAUUUCACAUCUUUUUUUUUUAGCUGAAUCAUUUGGGUAUUUCUUAAAAGACAUGCUAAUGACACAAUCAGAUACAUGAUAUGCUAAUAAAUAUUAAUAGCUUUCUAUCGUUCUGCGUGUAUGUGAUGUGUAUUUGCUAAAAAAUUUUAUUGAAAGUUAAUAUUUUUUGGUGAAGAUAGCCUAAACCAGCAUUGUAUUUAAUGUCGCUGUCGAAGUUGUUUUUUUUUUUUUUAAAUUAUGUACCACUAUAUUUUAGUUACGGUAUGUAUUUAACCAUAUUUUUUAAAUAUUUUUUUUUUGCUAUCAAUGAAAUAAAAAUUAUUCAUUUAUUA